CUCAAGUCUCCCGUGCGUACGCCUCCUGAUUUCCGUUCUCCCACCCGGCGCGCUACAAACCCACCGGCGCCGGCGAAGGCCGUACGUAGCUGCUGAUGGCGAAGGCGCGCAAGCCGACGGCCGCCGAGCGCUUCCUCGGCUUCAGCGCCCGACCCGGCUCCGCCACCGUCGCCCCGUUCCCCGACGACGACCUGCCCGACCUCGUCGAAUCCGACAUCUGGUACUCGCAGUCGUCGGACUCGCCGACCGCGGCUGCCGCCGCCGCCGAUCGGGAGGAGGCGGCGCCCAUGGGCGAGGCGCCGCGCCGCGUGGGCGGGCUGAGCCGGGCGUUCGCGGACGGGCGCCAGGUGGCGGCGUCGGCGCCGGUGGAGGUGCCGGCGUGGCCGAGCCGGUUCGCCGAGCUGGCGCCGGCCGACCCCGCCGCGCCGUGCGAACAGGAGCAGCAGGAGGACGCCGACGGGUGGGUGCCGCCGCACGUGUACCUGGCGCGGCGCCAGGCCAGGGCGUCCGUCGUCGAGGGCGUCGGCCGCACCCUCAAGGGCCGGGACGCCUCCCGGGUGCGCGACGCCGUCUGGAGCCGAACGGGAUUCCCUGGCUGACCCCAACAGGAUUCCGGCGCCGGCUGAGCUGAAACCGGAUCGACCCGGACUGCUCGGAUUGUAGAAUAUCCCCUUUAUUUUUCCUCUCCACAUCUUUCUUUUUGGUCACAAAAUUUUGUACUAUAUGGUUUGUUUGUUUGAUUUUGGUUUAAAUUAAUGAGAAGCAACGAUUUGCGAGACGAAGACGA